AAAAUUGUUCAAUUGUCAUGCAUGACAGUGUGAAAAUAAAAUGGCGUGAAUGUUUUCUCUCUGUUAUCGGUGUGCUAAAAGUGGAAAAAUAUGGAAAUUCAUCCCAAUUUCUAACAUUAAACACCCAUAAAAUAGGUGAUAGAGGUGUACAAAUUGCAAAAGACAUUAAAUAUUAGGUGAUUGUGUGGAAGAGUUAUGUACAAUUGGUGACUUGUGUUUAUGGUGUUGUUGUUGCACUACCAGCCAUGGCAAAUCCGCGAAAAUUCAGCGAAAAAAUUGCUCUGCUCCAGCAGAAACAGGCUGAGGAGACAGCUGCUUUUGAAAAGAUAAUGCGCGAAGUAUCGGACGCCACAUCCAAGGUGUCGCGUUCCCUGGCGCCUGGUUUGGGUGCUUUUCGUGGCGGUUCGCUGCCUAAUGUUUCUGCACAGAAUCAAAUGGAUUCCGAGCAAAGUGUUAUAAAAAGCGAAAAGCCGGAUGAAGCGACAUUGGCUCAAUUUGGAUUGGGGAUGAAUCACACAACAAUGAUGGACGGUACUAAUUUUAAGGGUGGUGGAACUACUAGCGGCACUGGAGGUGGUGGUGGCGGAACAGGUGCCAAUAGUAAUAAUAAUUCUACCUGUGCUUCAUCGAAUCAAACCACCCAUCAUGUUUCUCGAGUGCGAAAUGUUGGCGUUGGACCGAUGAGAAGACCGGCUGACCGGAAAAUUGACACAUCGCCUUAUAGUAGUAACAAUAUUGCAUAUCUUAGUCCACCCAGUGAUUCUAGUUGGCGACGGACUAGUUCCGAUUCAGCGAUCCAUCAAAGUUUGACACAAGCACAAGAUCAUCCGUACCAUCACCAGUAUGCGUCGCAUUCGCCAUUGUCACUGAGUCCAACGGCACAGAAGAAACUUACUAAUAUACACCACAUUGACUCAAAAAUAUUUAAUAGCCAGCAAAAUAGUUUUGGACUUGGAUCAUCAGAAGGUCGGCCGAGGUCUUCGUGUGGUCGCUUGCCAGGAAUAAAUAUUCAUCCCAGCGCUCACGAUAACUCGAUACAAAUACCAAUAGGAAAUAAUACAGGAUCUCUGCCGGACUUAACAUCUGUACACUUUCCAUCGCCUCUACAUACGCCAAUUGAUCAAGAACAUGAUCACUCGAGCAGUCCGUAUAGUUCGAGCCCCGUGACGGCGUCUCCGACAACGUUAUCUCCAACAUCUAUGCCAGUCAGACACCCGGGUGCCAGAUUUCAUUAUUCACCGACAAAUUCACCGGGUGAUACCACCACCUUCAGUCCGACACAUUCACAACAAAACGCUAGUCAGCAAUUUUUAUCUGUUCCUGGUAGCAAUAGUUAUCUGCACAUGAAUAAGGGAAUGACACUAGAAAAUUCCUUUCAACCAUCUCAAGGGGGUCCACCGGUGUCACAGCAACAAUCACAACAGUCGCCACAACAGACUUAUAUUAAUUGCCAUCCACACCAGUACCCACAACAGCAGUCGCCGCAAUCGCAAGUGCAAUCCCAGACGCCGACUCCGCAGCAGCAACAAACACAACAGAGUUCACUUGUUAAUAGUACAUUACAUGGCUCUCAUGGAAAUUUAAGUAAUAUAGGAUCGAUUCAACAAUCGAAUCUCUCGGGUUAUCGGAGUCCACAGUGUAGGCCGAGUCCAGGCUCUAGUCCAAAUUUAAUUGGAUCCCUCAAUAGUGGAGAUUCCAAUCCAAGUGCACCAUGCAGCCCGGCACCGUCCACAAUGAGCAACAAUGGACAAGCAUAUGAACCAUAUAAUCAAACGAGUGAUAUAUACUACGUUAAUCAGCAGAAUAUACAACAGCAUUUUGAAUCAUUUUCACUGGUUGACAAUUCAGUGGCGGAUUUUGUGCCCCACUCUCCAAAUACACCAAAUUACAAUCAAUUUGAUGAUUCGACAUUUUCCCACUUCAAUGCGUCAAAUUUGGGAUCACUGAAUCAACAGCAAACAACAAGUUUAUCAAGUUCAAGUUUACCGAACAAUCCUAGUAUAGUAACGACAAUUAAUUCAAAUUCAAAUGUGAAUGCCAUGAGCCCGUCUUCGCCACAACAGCAACAGCAACAGGCACAGGGACAGUCCCAGCAGCAAGCAACAAGUCUUCAGACACCAAAUACCCCAACAAGUAUUCCGGAAAUUGUAUUCACAGACUUUUCGUCAGCAAGUUCUGAGUUUACAAAGGGUGAGUACGAAGACUUAUUCACUGAUCCACUGAUGCCACUAGAGUUGGAAUUGGGGCCAAUUGACGUUACUGGCUUUCAAAUGCUCACGAAUCCUAGUGCAACAAUCAUUGCUGAUCCAACUGAAGAAGACAAUUUUAGAACGUCAGAUUUACACUAAGAAAAAAUGAUGAGGUGAAUAAAGGAUGAAUAGACAAGGAGGACGAGAUGUAAAAAGAAAUCGUGAAGUGAUAAAAAAACUGCAAAAAGAGAAGAUAAAAGAACUUUAUCAAACAAAAUGUAAAACAUUGAGUAGUUAUUCUGUUCCUUAGUAUUUAGUUUUCUUUUUUAUAGACAAAGAUGAAUUAUUUUUUAAUGCAAAGACAUUUGAAAAUUGAAUAAUGAAAAGCAGAGUUAAUCUUAAAUUGUUACUAUUAAGUUUAUGUGCAAUUUCGUAUAAUUAAAUACAAAAAAGGAAAAUCUAAAUAUAUUUUUUUCGGUUGUUAUAGGUUUUGUAACUGUGUAUAUUUUUAAGAAAGAAAAAAUAGUAUAACUAUUUUUUGUACUAAAUAUAAAACAAUUAAGUAGUUUUUAACAUAUCUUGGUUUACUACUUAAAUUAAGUUUAUUAGAUUAUGACCACUUCAUUAAUGGAGAUAAAUAUAGAAGUUAUUGCUAGAAACAAAAGUGUUUUUUGGGUAUAUAUUCAAAUGAAAUAAUCUGGGUCUUUACCUUUUAAAAGUCUUUCUCAAGAAAAAAUUUACACAAUUUAAUCCUUAUACACGUUUUUGGACUGAACUUCGCAAUGCCGCUACUUCUAAAUAUCCAGUUUUGCAGAGUUUGUAAUAUUGUGUUUCCUGAUUAAGCCCCUCCCACGUAUUUUAGUUCCCGCCUUCUUUUUAUAUUAUAUUAAAAUAAAAUUGAGAUUUUUGUAAUUUUAAAUGCAACGUCGCUCUAUUGAACCACAAACAUUUCAAUUACGAAAGUUUCAUUCACGAGAAAAUACAUCACACUCCAAUUAGAUAUGAACAAAAAUAUAGUGUAUUGAAAAUGUUUUUGCCCAAAAAUUAUGAAUUUAUUUAUUUCUUGGAAAAAUAUAAGGCGGCGGAUGAAAUUUUGGAGGUUCAUGUACAGAUCGGUCGCCUUUUCUAAAUAUCAUUUGUCGAGUUAAGUCGCCGAAUUUUUAAUAAAAAUAUAUAUGCAAGACAUAGAUUUAAGAACUAUUUUAGUUACAUUGAAUUGGUUUAAAUUUGCGAUUACAUAGUAAAAAUCAGCUAAAUCUGGUUGUUUAGCGAGCUUUUAGCAUUUCAUAAUUUGUGGUAAUUGUUUAAAAUAUGAGUUGUAUCAACAAUUUAUGAUUAGAAAUAAGAAAUGAGAGACUUUUCGUUGCAGAUGUGAGUUAUAAGUACAAUAAGAGUCUUCCAAAAAUUCGACGGAUAUUUUCAAAAAUUCGGAAUUUAUGUGAGAAUUUUUAUGUAAUGUGGAUUAAUUGCCCGUACUUUUUCACAAAUCUACGUGGUGACGCAUUUUUUUCGUUUUAUACAACUAUAAUGUGUGUAAAUAUUCAGGAAGCCACAGAGAAAUAUAGUUCACAAUCAUCCACAACACGUUUAACAUAAAUUCACAUUGGAUACUUUAAAUUCAAUCGUCUUACGAAUUUGAGAGAUUCAGAUUUCAGAGCAAUUUUAGUUUAAAAAAAUAGUAUAGAAGCUAUAUAGAAAAAAAUAGAAUACAAUAAAAUUAGAAAAGCAAUCUCGGAUUUUUAUGUUACCAGGUCACGAUUUUUUUUCCAAACAUAAAAUAAAUUUUAGAAUUAUAUAUUUUCAUAGGACAUGACAAAUCCUAUGACUUUUUACAUAACUUAUAUAAUUCCAAACCAUAUUAAAUAAACCAAGCCCUGAAAUGUCUUAAUAAAAGUUCAACACAUUUACCACUUUUUAUGUUUAGUGAAAUGGGCGUGGUAAUGCUAUUUUUUUCUAAAUAUAUCCAACUUUUCUGACAGGGUUAUUUAGGCCUCAUCCUAGCAAAAGAAAUGUGGGAAUGGUUUUGUAAUCUGAUUAAAAAUUGACAAAUAUAGGAGAAUCAUCAGUUAUCAUUUUAUCGAACACUGAAAAUGCAACAAAGCUAAAAUUAUAAAGAAUCUCAUCAAUUACAGUAGAAUCUCUCAAAUUCGGGUAUUUGUUUGGUACCGACAGAGAGAUAUUCGGGCGUGAAACUGUUUGAAAUCCAAUGAUUUUAUUAAAUUUACAUACUCAUAUUUAUUGUAAAUUUCAUGAAAACUCCUCAAUAAUGCAAGACCGGAAAACUCAUAACUAAGAAAAACAUGCCAAAUUUGAGCAUAUUUGCUUUAUUCAAUAAUCAUAAUGAAACUUGAAAAACGUCAACAAGAUAUCUUUAAAUUUAACUGCCUCCCGAAUUAAAAAGGACUCGGUCAAAAAAGAACCGUAUUAGCGAGAGUUUACUGCAUUCAAAGUAAGUUCAAUUAUUACGUCUACUGGGGGCGUUGCCUAAAAUUGUAUUUGUGAAGAGCUUUUUCAGGAAAAUUAAUACCAUCUUUUUGCAACGUAUGGUAUUGAUAAAAGUACAGCAUUAUGAAGAAGUCCAAAUUUAACACAGUGGCAUAUCAUUUUUUUUCUUCAAAUUUUUGACUUUCAAACCUGUAAAAUAUGAACAUUAAAGAAAAAAGAGAUAUACAAUUUAAAUAAAGAAGCACCCAAUUCAAUAAAUGUUAUUAAAAAUAAAAGUCUUUAUCUUGUUGUGUGACAAAAUCAUACUCUAAUACUUCCAACAAGAAAAAAAAAACUGACUAAAAAAGUUACCCCAAAAAACUGAUAUGUGUAAUAAAAUAUCUUACUGUUGCAGACAAAAUCUAUUCGAUCUCCAUUUGAGCAACUCUUUUCCUUUUGAAUCGAAGUGUAACGAAAAUUUUCGAUAUUUUUUUUUUGACGGCAUGUAAUUGUGAAGAAUGAAAAAAAAUAGAUGGAUAAUUCCAUUUUUUUCUGGGUUUACGAGAAUGAAUUAAAAAAGAAAAAAUAUUAAUGAAUAAAAAAACGUGAAAACAUAUAGUAAUCAUUGUAAUGUGUGACCAAUUUAAAGACUGAAUUUAAGAAAUUCGAUAAAAAUUUCAGCUACAUUUUGUAAAAUUCAUUCGUAGUGGCUUUAAAAUCAUUCAUCGUUAUUCACUCCAGAAAAACUAUAGAUGAAGAAAAUUAAUCUUCACAAUUACAUCUGAUAACUUUCUUUUCCUAUAAAUCAUUUAUUGACCAAAAUAAACAUUCACCAUUUCUGCCCACAAAAAGUAUUGCUGUUGUAUCUGUGAGAACUUUAAUUGACACGAAAUGUUCAUUAUUUCUCUGGUUAUCAAUAGAAUAAUCUAUUUUGAUUUCUUUCUUCAUGUUUUACUCUUCAAAUAGUUCUUUUAUAUGCACAUUGUUGUUAUCUAAACGCCUCUUUUUGUUGUUCAAAUGACAUAAGAGCUGUUUUAAAACUUCAUUAAAAUAAUUAUAAAAAAAAAAAUGAAUUUCAAACGAUUUACCAAAAUUAUUACAAAAGAAAACAAUGUUAGUGUAUAUUUACAAAUAUAAUGAACGUUAUGAAGAGUCUAUACUUCACCAAAAUAUGGAUAGAAGGUAUUUGUUCAGAAUGUGCUCUGCCCAAAAAAAAAUGAAAAAAGUAAAAAAAAAGAAACUAUAAAAUUAAGACCCCUAACUCUCUACAAGAAAUCUAUGCAUGUGAAUAAACAUAUUUUAAAAUGAAUCGAAUCAUUCGUAAAUGGUUUUAAAACUUAAGGAAAACAUCGUUCUCUAUAAAGUGUACAUUUUUCCCAGAGGUUGUUGUUUUACGAGAAAAAGUUUUUACCAAAAGUAAUUUACAUAUACCAAAACUAAUAUUCUCAGUAAAAAAGAAACAUCUGGCAUUACUUAAUUUUGUACUGUGACUUUUUUUAAUCUAUUAUUUUACAGGAAGGCGAGAAUUUGUUCUAUUGACUAAGAUCCACCCAAAAAUAAUUCAUAAGUCACACUUCUUUUGACGAAAUGACAGUCGCAAGGCUGCAGUAAAUUGUAAAGGUGUGUCUUAUCAAAUUUUCCUUGUUUUUAGCACUAUACAAUUAAAUUAUCCCUUAAUCUAGUGCUUCCAACACCACUUGAUCUAUUUUUUUUAUAUACAGGGCUUAAUUUUGUGAUCCAAUACUCCCUCCUUGUGAAAUAUGAAAUUAAAAAAAAAAUGUUGCAGUAUUUUCGAGUUUUACCAUGAAAUUUUUCUCUAUCAACACUUACAUUCAACGUUAUUAACAUUUUUUUUAAAUAAAGAAAAAGGGAAUUUAAAAAAUGAGAAGAUUAUGUAUAAAAAAAAUAUUCUUAUAUUUAGUGCAUUCGCAAUUCGGCCAAAAUGACAUAUAUUUACAUAAUGAAGAGAAAAAAUAAUGAGGAAUACUUAAGCGAGGAAAAAAGAACUUUAUAAUGUAUUGAGAAAAAGUACCACUGAUUUAUAUUAAAUUGUAAAUUUAAUACGUUUUUUAUAAAAUCAAUUACUUAGUGUAUUAUAAUGAAUAAAAAAAAUUAACCAUUAUACAUGAGAAUAAAAAGCGUAAAAAAUUAUGUAAGAUGAUGAGAAAUCCCUAGAGACGAUUUUUCUAUCGUUUUUUUUUGCAUCUCAGUCAAAAAAAACUUUUUUUUCGCUACAGUUUUUUUGUCCUUUAAUUCUUACAGGUUAUACUCAACACAAAAAGCACAAGAAAUUAUAUAACCAGAAUGGAGUCAAUUAAAGAAAGUAGAUAAAUUUAGAGGCGACGUCAUUGGAAACAUUCAUUUAUUCCUUUAUCCUCUCAACAAAAAAAGAAAUCACGUGCUAGAAGAGAAAAAAUCCCUCGAAAAAAAAAACUUUUUAUACUUAAAAUUAAUUCGAAGAGAUAUUUUUUUAUUUAAAAAAAUAUAUAAAAACAUGAAAAGAUGAAAAUAUUUUUGAAGAGUAUCCCUCUUAUAAAUCUUGUAUUUUUUCAAUAUCUUGCAAAAUUGGAAAGCGGUAGUAUUUCUUUGUUUUUGUUUAAAAAUACGUGCGCACAAAUUGCUUUCUUAUAAAAUUACAAAACAAAAAGGAUAACAAGUAAAUGAGAAGAUUUUAUGAAGAUUACUAUAUAUAAAUGAAGUGUUGAUGAAAACAUUAAAUUUUACUUAUAUAUAAAUCAUAAAAUAAGAAAAAAAUCAAUCUGAAUGUAUGAGUUGUUGUCAUAUUUUGUAAAUAAAAUCAAAUUUUAACGA